AAACGGCUUAUCACACCGAAAACGCAGCAACCUUUAACUUUUUCUUCAGAUUUAUUUUCAUUUUGUCGUUAUCGCCCCGCGGCUCCACAUUGGCACUGUCUGGCAAGUAGCCGUCAAAUCAGGUCAAAAUUUUUGCGCAAUCUUCUUUUUUUCGGUCGCCCUUAUUCCGGCACCGCGCAGUCAAAUCCACAUCGCAACGAAAUUUCACUAAAUUCCAAAAAUAAUAAAACAACGUGAUGUCCACCAAGACUGACAACGGAGCAACGAGCAAAAAGACCGAACCCAACGGCGAAAGCGAACUGUCCGUGUUCGGGUCGAAAUCGUCCAUUACACGGGCGCUGAACCUGCAUGGAUAUCACAUGGGCAUCAAAAUCGGCAAAGGAUCGUUUUCCUCGGUUCGCCUAGCCAAACACAUCAGCAAAAAUCAGAACGUCCAAACGCUGGCCUGCAAAGUGAUCGACGUCCGCAAGUGCACCGAGGAGUUCAUCAAGAAGUUCUUCCCCCGGGAACUGAGCGUCCUGAUGAAGAUUCGACAUCCGCACAUCAUCAAGAUCCACAGCAUUCUGAAACGGGAACGGAUGGUGUUCAUCUUCAUGGAUUACGCCGAAGGCGGAGACCUGCUGAAGCACAUCAACAAGAACGGACUCAUGAAGGAACCGCAAGCCAAGCGAUGGUUCGCCCAACUGGUCAGCGCCCUCCGCUAUCUGCACUCGAUCGACAUCGCACACCGGGACCUCAAAUGCGAGAACAUCCUCAUCUCCAAGAAGGGAAGUCUACUCCUGGCGGACUUUGGAUUCGCCCGAAUCUGCGGCGAAGAAAAUGGAACCUUCUCCAACACCUAUUGCGGAUCCGCGGCCUACGCCGCACCGGAGGUGAUCCUUGGCAUGCCGUACAAUCCGAUGCGGGCGGACGUGUGGUCACUCGGGAUUAUCCUGUUCGUCAUGCUGAAUGCAGCUAUGCCCUUCGACGAUCGAAAUCUUAAAAAGCUGGUGGAAGAUCACCGGAAUCGGAAUUACGGAUUCGACGAGUUGGUGGAUAAACAACUGACGUUGGCGGCCAAGCAUACCGUUUUCGAGCUGCUGAAUCCGGAACCAACGGAGAGGAUCGAGCUCGAUCAGCUGACCAAGCUGGGAUGGAUCGACGAGAACUCGGCCAAGGAGAAGAAACGACGGCUGGGUGAGCUUUGCGUUAGGGGUAGUCGAAGUGGAUCGGGAGGUAAGACUGGAUGCAAGUGUUGAAUGGGCUCUAUUUUGAAUGCUUAUUCGUUGCUAAUUGUAUAUAUUUUCGAUGGAGUGAUAAGUAAAAUAAUCUGGUACAUG